AUGAGUAAGUCCAGCACUCUGAAAGUGAAGAACUUAUUUAAAACAAAAGAAAACAAAGAAAGCAAAGAGCUCAAGCGGUCAACCUCGCUGAAGAAGGAUGGAGAAGCGACGAGCGACGUGCGCAAGUCGGAGACUUCACCUGCGAGCCCCGUUCCCCUCAGCCCGGGAGACAACUUCACUCUGCCCGGUGAUGUUUUACCCGGUUCCCCGAAAGAAAAGAAGCGAAGGCGGCUGCUGUCGUUCAAGCUGAAACGGAAAAAAUCCAAACGGAAAGAAGGAGGAGGGGAAGAGGUGUUUUUCCCCGAGACGGAUGAACUGGACAGUUUCCACAGCCUCAGGAGCUACGACCAGAUCAGUAUCUCCACAGAGUGCAGUUUCCGGACUGAAUCGGACUGGGACCCUCACUCUGAGUCCACCUCCGUGAUGAGCUUCGACAUGAAACUCGGAGGAGAAGAAGGGCGUGAUUGGUCGCAUCAGCCACUUCUUCAGCUCCAAAAGGAAGAAGAGCGGCAGCAGGCAGCAUUCAGGCGAUCUGAGCACCCGACAUCCCCGACAUCCCCGACGUCCCCGUUAUCUCCAAGUUCACCUCUGUCUGAUCAGGAGGUCGGGCCAAGGACUCCAACUAAUUCACGAAAAGACAGCGAGCUGACAGGACCUGAUUAUGCAGACAUCACCAAAGCGGCAGAUCUUGGGGACACCCUGAGCCUGAGCUCCAGUCCCAGCGGCUCGAGCAUUGCUUCUCUGCUGGCAGACAGGAACAGCAUUGGCCGCAGCAGUGUGAGAGAAGUGUAUGUGCGCAUGGUUAGCACAGGCAGCGACGAAAGGAAUUCUGGGAAUGCAACUCCCACCAAUCUAGAUUUUGCUGCGACUCAAUUAGGGGACUCCGGCUCAGAAAUCAGCUUCACAGACUCGGUGGUGGAGGAAGUGAGCAAGAGGCUGCGGGUCAGUUUGGAGGGAGAUCUCCUGAAGCAUACGGAGGAUAAUGCAGCUGACGAAACCACAAUGUCGACACUUCAAAACCCCCUUUUAAAGCCAGUCGAAGCUUCAAAGUCACCUAACUUAACCUCUAUUAGUUUAGCAUCGAAGAGGUCUUCAGCAACAGUUGGAGAGAAGGGGCACAGCACUGCUUUGAGAGGGAUAACUUUAGGCUCUCCGUCAUCCACAGACAAGAGGAGGGGUCGGAUCAUCUCUUUGGAAACUGCAACAAAGAUAUUGAGCCCUUCACCUGAGAGUGAGCAAACGCCCCGAGGGGAUUCUCCUGCCCAACUCCACAAAGCGAUAUGGGUGGAAACACACCUGGGACCGGAGGAGGAAGAGGAGAGGGAGGGGGAGGAAGAGAGGGAUAUAAUGAAAGAAGAGGAGGAGGGCUUCAGAGCAGACUCGCCUCCCGUGCUGGCUAUACCUGUCACGGUCAUUCCUGAGGAGGAUUUUGUUUUUCAGGAAACUGCCGACAGCCCUUCUACCCCCUCGGAGACUCGACGGUUCGCUGGUAGCCUGCCAGACUCAGACAUCGCCUUGGCAGUGACUACAGAGGAGUCACAAACAAACUCAGAGCAGACAGAGGAGCUUGACGCUGGCACGCACCCAAAGCAAAGUUCACCUCAGGAGAGACGCAAAUCGACAGAAAUACGUGUGACACGCAAGACUGUGAAUCUGCCUUCCAAAAACAAAGUUUAUGCCCACAUGGUGUACAUUAGCCCCGAGCCAAGUUUGGACGGGAACGAACCGGCAGAAGAGGACAGCAGCAGCAGAGAUUUAUCUUCAAAGACUGCAAACACAACAGAGGAGAAACUACUGCCAAGCCUCCAAAACAACAAUGAUCUUCAGGAAGCAGAGCUGGGACCAUUUCCAACAACAGAUGAGACGACUCACUCUGACAGAAAUACUCCUGAACCCUUAGUCGAAGAAAGAAAGGACUCUGAGGCCUCUGACUUGGAUGAGGCCUCUUCAUCCUCAGACAUGUACAGAGCAAAGCUACAGGUGGUGGGGCCUGUGGUCGGAGGCCAAGGCACUGACCAGGCUUCACCCUCUAAACGAGGAGUUAAAGGAGCAGCAGAGAGUCGGCAUACCACAGUAAGUGGAGCAAAGACCCCGUCCUCAGCAGCUGGCAGCAGGGCCAAGAAUGUGACAACAAAGGCUAAGGCCUCCACGGAGAGCACAAAAGUGGGAACUUCCACUGAUAUGCUACCACAGAGGGAACAAAGCAAUGAAAAAACUGCUUCUAUGUUACCAACAUUAAAAGAACAAAGCAGCAGUAGUACUUCAAGUGCAACAGGUUCAAAGUCUAAAAUCCCAAAGAGGUCAACAUCAGAGGCUGAUGUGAAAUCACCAGUGACACCAGAUAAAGCAUCAGUGGCAGAGGCCUCGGGGUCAGCAGUAACAUCCAAACUGCAGAAACAACCCAGAAGCAAAGACGCUUUGAAAUCCCCUGUCUCUCCAACCAAAACUGGCAGGAAACCAAGUUUUGAAGAAGCAAAGGGGGGGAAAGCUUCUCCAGGAGACAUUUCUCCCGCAAAACUCAGGACAGGAACAAAGCUUCUUAAAGAGAAGGCAGAUGAGGACAGCGACUCUGUAAACCUGGUAAAUGGUGUGGUGAGAGACCACGAGGAGAGGAGAGUUAAAACACUAUCCACGACUGACAGAGAAAGCCCGGACGUCAAAAAACGAGGGCAAAACCAUCUGGAGAACAAUGCCUCACCUAAGACUCGGUUACCGGUUUCGUCUCCAGCAAGAAGGAGGAAUGCUAACAUGACAAUCGACACUAACUAUAAAAAGACUACAUCUGCUCAGACAGACUCAGAGAAGCAGAAGAAGCAGAGUCCAGAGCAGCAAGAAGUGGAGAGACCUGGGAGUGUAUCUCCACCUCCGCUCCCUGAAAGUCCAAAGAGAGGAAGCAUGCUGUCACCAAGACCAUCCAAAAACCUCUACAAAAGAAGAAACAGCACUGAAGAGAGACAUUCACCCACACCUCGUGCGUCUCCUACAUCUCGUGCCUCUCCCUCAUUGCGUUCCUCUCCGACUCCCACCAAGCAAGAGAAAACUGCCUCAUCAAGGCUCCCCAAACAAAGCGACAGCCCCAAACCCCCCAAGAGUCCAGGCAAGGAUUCACUGGAUCCCUUGUCACCUGUGAGCAAGCUUCCUACAAGAGGGCAGAGAAACUCCAACAAAGUCAAGUCCACAAAGCAAUCAACUGAGAGUCCUGCGACCACACCCACAUCCAAACAGAACUCAGGUCUGAACUCUCCCGCAGAGACGUCAGAGAGUGUCCUAGCCGAUCAAGCAAACAAUUCAAUUGUGUCUACAGAGGAAGAAGAGGACACAAAGAAACUCACAGACAAUCAAUCCAGUGUCAGUAAAAUCAAACAGAAAGGAAAAAUGUUAGAGGAGUCAGAGGAGGACAUAAGUAGUCCUUCACUUGAAGAGGUUUUAAAAAUCCAUCCCAUAGAUAACGAUGAUGUGGUUAUCACAGGAAGAUCUGAGGUAGAAAUUACACCAGGACACAACGUAUCCUCUGAUAGUGAGGCUGUCAAAGGAAGCACAACAAUGUCACCUGAUUUAAAUAAUGCAAAGACAGGUAGCCAGAAAGAACAGGAUGCAAACAAACAACAAACAAAUGUUGUAUCUCAGAUCAAAAGCAAUAACACCACAAAGAAACAAGAGACCGAUUUUCCAACUAAUACCUGCAAAGAGGAAGUAAAAGAAAAAGACAUUACAGAGACAGCCCAGCUGAUUGGUAACAUAAAACCAGAUGCAGUCCAGGUGAAAGGACUUGCAGAGCCAAAUUCUGCAGAGUUGGCUCAGAACACAACACAAGCUCAGGAGGACGUAACUGAUACGUCGGCCACACCUGUUGUUGAUGACAGCAUUCACUGUGACAUAAUGACUGAUCAGGUGUGUGUUGAGCCUGGUAGCAAAGAAACAAAUAUGGCCACUUCUAACAAAUGUGAAACCGGAGAUAGUCACACUGCUAAGUUGGACUCAAAAGACCAAGAUGCCGAGCAAAAAGACGUAAGUUCAACCUCGACCAUCGCUGUUUCUGUUGAUCCUAAUCUGGAGAGUAAAGAGCAGCAAAAGGAGUUACUGAAUGAAGCCACAGAUCUUGUUCUUGAUAAUGAAAGAAUGCCCACAGACAGCAGAGAAAAUGUCAAAGAUGUUAAGGUGGAGGAGAAAAGUAAAGAGGAGGUAGGCAGGAAACCAGUAGAGGCUUUGGACAAUAAAACAGAAACUGGGGCUGCUUGUGAAUCUCCCAAGAAUGUUGAAAAUCAGCCUGACAAAGAGCCUCUUUUAGUAGUUGGAAAAAUUGAAAGAAAGGAGAAGGACUCCAAACCAAAUGAAAGCCUGAAUGAGGCAGCAGUGGAAAGCAAUGAGUCACAGAACAGUUCCAAAAAGGAGCUCCAGGCCAUAGCUAGCGAGGAUAAAGCAGAGAAAGAUAUUACAGAACCAGUGAAACCAACACGUCUGUCAUCCGAGGAGAAAUGUGUACAGCCUGAAUCAGAGAAGGAACCACAGUCAAUCAUUACAGAUUCCUUGCGGGAGAAUAUGACAGAGGCAGCACAGGAAGGAAGUACAAUGCAAGAUAAUGAGGGGAGUUUUGCAGAAACAAAUAAGGAAUGUGCAAUCCUCUUAGAACAAAAUGCAGAGAUUGGAAACAAGGAAACAGAUCAGCAGAUUAAGGCAUUAGCAGAGAAAAAAGAACCAGAGCCCAAAACACUUCAAUCCAAAGGUGAGGAGGUUAGAAUUAAUGAAACAAAUCAGGAGGACAAACACACUGACGUCACAAAGGAGAGUCAAACUCCUGAACUUAAAGAUGUGAGCACAAAAACUGAAGUCAACAAAAAGGAGAGAGAAACAAAAGGGUCAUCAUUGAAGAGUUUGGAGAACAACAAUUCAGGUGCUAACAGUGAAGUUAGCGUCCAGCAAGACAAGAAGUCUAAAGUUGGAAAAGACCAACCAGAGCCAGAGAAAAACAAACCAGCAAAAUCCAGAUCCAAAGCUCUCAAGAAAGAAAAUGCUACGGAGAAGUCAUUAGAAAGCCUACUUCCACAAGUGGAUACCACUCAAAAAGUAGAGACAGUAAACGGUGAAACCAAGAGUGCUGAAGGUACCAGAGAAGAAGCUGAAACAAAGGAUUCGUCUGUCAAGAGUUUGGUAAAAGAGACUGCAGCUGCUAAUGCUAACAUUGAAGUAAGCAUAAAAGACAAAGAGUCCAAGAUUAACACAGACCAAGUUGAGGACUUUACAAAACUUUCUGAAGACAUUGCAACAAAAUCUAAAAGUCCAAAUGCCAACAAAGAACAGCAACCUGAGACAGAAAAGGCUCAGCAGAAGAGCAAAGAGAGCCAAUCUUUACAGACGGACAGAGCUGAAAAACAAAUAGCAUUUAGCGGUGAAACCCAGAGUGCUAAAAUUACAAGAGAAGAGGCCAAAACAAACAAACUGAAGAAGUCAUUAGCUGUGAAAGAUGACAAAAUUAAAAGUCCAGAGAUAAACAAAUCUAUAAAAUCCAAAAGUCAAAAUGCCUCUGAACGAAAGCAGCAACUUGAGAAGAAAAAAGCUCCAGAGAAGACAUCAGAAAGUCCAGUUUUAGAAAGACAAAAACCAGCAGAAGAGACUGAGACACAAAGUUCAUCAGUGCAGAGUUUAGUAAAUGAGACACAAGUUACUGUUGGUAAAAGUGAAGUUAGCAUCCAGCAAGACCAGAAGUCACUAACUGUUGGAGACAUGACAAAACCAGCAACAGACAGUCAACCAAAGUCAACGAAAUCUAAACAUCCAAAAGGUAUUGAAGAACAGAAAUCAGAGACAGAAAAAGCUCUGGAGAGGAAAACUGAGGGCCGAGUCUCACCAAUGGAUUCAACUCAACAAUCAAAAGCAGUAAGCAAUGAAACCCAGAGGUCUGAAGUUACCAAAAAAGACACUCCAACAAAGGAUCCAAAAAUUGAGAGUUUAGUGAAUAAGAAUGCAAAAUCAAACGCUAUUAAUGAAGUUCACAUAGAGCAAGAUCAGAAGACUAAAACUGUGAGAGAUAAAGAGGAGAUUAAAGAAGAGAUCAAAUCCCCUGAGACAUCGAGUGCCUUGACAAAUGUAACAGCAGCUGGUAAGACUGGUGAGAAACUGAAACAAAACCUCCCUAAAGAGAUUGCUGCUGUUGAAAAUAAAGUGGCAAAACAGGAGGAUCAGCAGAAGACUGCAUCAAAAAUAGAUGCCAAGAAAAAGUCAGAACCUAUUUUUGUAGAUGACGGAUCUAGCAAAGGUUUGGGUGAACAAAAAGACGAGCCCUCCACAGUUUCAGACGAAGCUCUUAAAAGUUCUGAUGCCCAGAUGCAGGAGAGAGUUUCCAAAGACAAACCCCAAACCAAGAGUGGUUUAAAGCAGGAACUUCAGACCAAAGUACAAGAGAAAGCCGUCAGUGACCCUCAAAAGCCUGCAAGGUCAAAGGUCAAUGGCAGUUUGACUCUUUCUGCUACAGAACAAGCAUCUCAGAUGAAGAAGGACUCUCCAUCAAGCUGGUUGGAUGUGGAGCAUAAUCAAAAACAGAAGAAAGUGCAAAGAAGAAAACUUGAAACUUCAGCCAGUGAGGACGACUCUCUUGAACCUGACGAAAUCGACGACUUUAUCAGGAGUAUUAAAGAGGGCAGCAUUCCUUUCUCAGCGCCUCCCAAGAGGCGCAUUCGGAGAAAAUCCCCGUCUCCACCUUUCACAAUGCCGGCCAUCAGAGAGGACCAUUUUGAGAAAACGUUUGAUCCAGAGGAGUUCCAGUUCGGCUUGAGAUCAUCGAUCAAAAGUUUGAAGGAUCCUUCUCCAGCUAUGAUGAUGAAACAGAAAGCAGCGCAAAGGAAAGGACGUACCCUGGAGAAACACGAGCGGGAUAAUGGCAUGCACUCAUCUACAGGCAAAAUGGAAGCGCUUGGUGAGACGGAAGGGAAUGAUGAAGGGAAAGAGGAUGCAAAUGUUGAUGGGGAAGAAGGGGAGAAACAAAACAAUGGAGAAGAGCCUUUGAAACCGAAGUCACGGCUUGAAAGGAUGUCUAUCCUCUCCGGCUUACUGAGUUCCCCUCGGUCCUCCAGGAGGACCAAAAUGGAAUCUACAUUCGCCACAUACGGUACGCUCUCAUCCAACCAACAACAGGACCUGCCUGCGCCGGGACCACAGGGAGAUGUUGCUUCACUUGCGCUUGGCGCUGGAGCAGAUAAGGAGGGUGUGAAAGGUACAGAUCAAGGCUCACUUGUGGGUGGUGGUGCAGGUAAAGCUAGUGAGUCAGCACUCAGCCACUCCUCUCCACCUCCUCCUGUGCCCUCGUUUGCUGAGAUAAAGCUGCCUGAUCAUUUGGAGAAAUACCUCAAGAUGAACACAGGAGACUCAGAGACCUCGCGGCAAUCUAAUGAGACGGAUGAACCUAAACUGAAUCCUAAGGGGAGCGCUGAGAUGGACCAGACCUCAACAGCUGCAGUACGGCAUGUGGAUGUAGGCAUGAAGGGGCCUGCAGGACUGACUCCACCCAACAUCUCCACCCAGAAAACUUCUAGAAAUGGACUCUCUACUUCGAAGCCUAAGAUACCUGCAGUCAGAGGGUUCCACAAAAGGCCUGGAAAGAUUGUUGUGCAUGAACUUGAUCAAUUUGGAGGGGAAGCAUUUGAGCUCCACGGCGAUGUAGAGGACGCCACCACGAUGAAGCUGUCCCCGGUGAUCUCAGUCAGAGUCAUCAGAGGAUGCUGGCUCCUUUAUGAAAAACCGGGUUUCCAGGGUCGAACUAUUGCCCUGGAGGAGGGUCCUACAGACCACAUAGUGAACAUGUGGGCAGAGGAGGGGACGCCAACAACAUUAGACCAGAUGGGUCAGCCUGUACCAACAGCACCAAUGGUCAUUGGCUCCAUGCGCCUGGCAGUAAGGGACUACAGCAUACCCCGUGUUGACCUGUAUACAGAGGUCAAUGGGUUGGGCAGGAUGUCGUCUUACUGUGAUGACACCGUAGAGAUCGGCUCUUAUGCAAUCCCACAGACCACCGGAUCCAUUAAGGUCCACUCUGGAGUCUGGCUGGUGUACACUGAUCCUGGCUUUGGAGGAUUUGUAGGAGUGCUGGAGGUGGGGGAGUUCCCCUGCCCAGAGACCUGGGGUUUCCCUCAGCCUUUCAUCGGGUCCCUCAGACCCCUCCGAAUGGGAGCAAUAAAAGUGGAGCAUCCCGUUGAAGUCAAGGCUUUAGUGUUUGAGAAACCAAACUUUGAAGGGGAGUGCUUAGAGGUGGACUGUGACGUGUACGACCUUCAAGACGAGCCGGACGAGGAAAGCAAGAGCAAGAAGACGCUGUCUGCAGUGGGGUCUAUGAAAGUACUCGGUGGUCUCUGGGUGGGCUAUCAGGAGUCGGACUUUGAGGGCCAGCAGUACAUCCUGGAGGAAGGGGAGUAUCCUCACUGCAGCGACUGGGGAGGAGCUGAGGACGGGCUGCAGUCUCUGCGGCCUGUACGCUCAGACUUCCUGUCUCCUCAUGCUAAACUGUGCAGUGAGCCACACUUCAACCAGCUCGGGCUCAGCAUGGACCUGCUGGGUCCCGUCAUCAACAUGGAGGACACCGGCUACGGAGUCAAAACUCAGUCCGUAAACAUCAUGGGAGGAGUGUGGGUGGGCUUUGAGAACCCUGGAUUCAACGGGGAUCUCUACGUCCUGGAGAAGGGACUCUAUACGAGCUCAGAGGACUGGGGAGCCCGGAACCCCAAGAUCUCAUCCGUACAGCCUGUCUUCCAUGACUCUCCGAUGGGAACUCCAAAAUUCAAGGUGAAACUGUAUUCUGAGCCGGACUUCCAGGGGAGGCUGGUGGCUCUGGAGGAGAGCGCAGCAGCUCUGGAUGAGGACUUCAUACCCAGGUCCUGUAAGGUGAUGGCUGGCAGCUGGGUGGCUUAUGGAGGAGCACAGUUCACAGACCACAUGUACGUGUUGGAGGAGGGAGAAUACCCCAACACAGAGGCCAUGGGCAUCAUGUCUUCAGAAUCCACUUUCUGUUCCAUACAGACCAACAGACCUGAGCUUUCUCUGCCCUCCAUCACGUUGUUCAGUAAGGAGGGCUGCAGAGGUCGCAGGCUGGUGUUGAGUAGAGGAGCUGUGAACCUGCUGCGGGACGGCCUGGAUGCUCGCAUACGCUCCCUGGUGGUGGAGGGAGGAAUGUGGGUGUUGUAUGAAGGCAGUAACUACAGUGGUCGACAGCUGCUUCUGCAGCCAGGUGAAGUGCUUGAUUUGUACAAGAUGAGCGGCUGGCAGCGAAUAGGAUCCCUGCGUCCGCUGAUCCAGAAGCAGAUGUUCUUCCGUCUGCAGAACAGGGAAACAGGAUGUGUGAUGUCACUGACAGGAACUCUGGAAGACAUCAAGCUGAUGAGGGUUCAGGCUGUGGAGGAGACUGGAGGGGUGGAGCAGGUCUGGGUCUAUCAGGACGGGCAGCUUACCUGCAAGCUGGUGGAGGACUGCUGUCUGGAGACCUCAGGCAGUGUGUUGAUGGCGGGCUGCCGGCUCUGCGUUUCCCCCGAGAGAGGAAAAGCAAACCAGCUGUGGAACAUCACUGCAGACGGCCUGGUGCGCUGCCACCUCAAACCGGACCUGGUCAUGGAGGUCAAAGGUGGUCAACAGUAUGACAAAAACCAGGUGAUCAUCAACACCUUCGAUGAGAGCAAGUUAAGCCAAAGGUGGACUUUGGUGAUCCUGUGAUCUGUGGUCCCCCUGCUGCAGCUCCGCCAGAGGCACUGAGCCCUGUGAUGCAGCUCCACCGUAGCGCCCACACCGAAGAGAUGAACCCAGCGGGUCAUUUAAAACUGCACUCUUUCGUCUUUUUUUGACUCUUGAUGAGGAGUGCAACGAUUAACUGUCUCAACACUACAUCCAGUCGUUUGAUGUCUUUUUCAGAGUUUAGAAACAUUAUACACCAAAGACUUUGACUCCCCACUCUCUGUUUUCACUGCAUUUAGUGAGAACUCUGCCCUGUCUUAAUGCUGCUUGUUACUUCAUGGUACUUCUUUUUUCUGCAGAGGUCCAAUGUCUGCUCUUUAGAAAUGUUGACAAAUAUGAAUGUAUACUUUAAAAUGUCAGCUGCAAUCUAAAGUCUGCUGUGCCUUCACUCCAAAGAUCUCUGUCCAGUUAUUUUCCUGUAAAUUGUUUGAUAUCUUUUAGAGUUUUUUUUAGCUUUUUAUCUUUUCAUACAUACCAUUCUUCACUACUUUAGUUUGUACAGAAUCAUUAAGUGUAUAGUUUGACCUUCUUAGCAGAACUUCAAUAAAAGAUUCUGCUCCCUGCUGAUUGUAAAUAUGUGAAUGUAAAAGAAAGAACUGUUAUACAUGAGGAUAAGGAUCUGAUUUGAUUUCUUGUCUUUUUUUAAAUAAAAUAUUGUUUUUCUCAGGACAUUGAAGAA